CCUCCGUGCCAGCUGUCCGAAUACUCAUUCUACUAUUUAAGCGCGGAAACCGAUCUUUUUUCUUGUUUUUGAAUUCGGAAGUUGGAAACAUCCGUUAGAGAGAGAGACACUGCCGAAUUAAAACGAAAUUUGCGCGAAUAGAGUUUGUUGGAAGUUUUAGCUUUAUUGGAAGGAUAUAAAAUUUUGAUGUUGGACAAUGGUUCUCAUUUUGUAUAUGAUGGAAAUUAGCCCCCCAUGCCGGGCAGUUUUGAUGACCAUCAAGCAUUUAGGUAUACAAGCGGAACUGAGAGAAGAAAAUAUUAUUAUCGGAAAUUCGAAACAGCAUCCGGAAUUUUUGAAGAUAAAUCCAAGGUCAUGCGUGCCCACGAUAGAUGACGACGGCUUCUAUUUGUGGGAAAGUCGAGCUAUCAUGACAUAUUUGGUGAAUAAAUACGCGCCUUCCAACCCUAUCUAUCCGAAGGACCCGAAAAAGAGAGCUCUGGUGGAUAUGAUGCUCAGCUUUGACCAAGGAACACUGUACAGAGCCCAGGUGGAAUAUCUGUAUCCGAUGAUCUUCCGAGGUGAGCCACCUGAUCCCGUGAAAGAGUCCAGUUAUCGAAGCUCCCUCAUUUGCUUGGAACACACCCUCGAAAAGAAUGCAUAUGUAGCCGGUAAACAUCUCACUCUUGCCGAUUUUUCCAUUGUGGCAAACAUAUCGCUGGCAGAGGCCUACAAUUACAACUUCAAGCAUUUUCCUAACAUCGUCACCUGGUUGCGAAGAUUGAAAAGCGAGCUACUUUACUUCAGAGAAAUCAACGAAAUCCCACUGCUGCAGUUCAAAUUCUGGUACAGACCCUACCGAGAUUUGCUGGAUGAUGAAGAAACGGAAGAAAAAGAGGAAUCGAAUGUCACAAAAAUGUGACCGUCUAGUGCCAUUUUAUCUCAACUUUCGUCUUAUUCAAACAUUUCAACUAAGUAGAUAUUCGCCAUACUUUCACUGAGAAAUCUCAUUUGGUAAAAUACAUCAUAUAAUGAAUUUUCAUAUUGUUGCCAAUGCAUCGUAGCAAAUACCACUGCCAUUCUUGAUACAUUGAAAAAUGAUUAUAAAUUUUAAAUAAACCGAAUCAAAACUAUUCUUAUUGUUGAAGUUACAAAUAAAGAUAAUCAUUAUCUUGAUCGUAUUAAUCAAACAUAUAUUUAGUUCUUGUUUUUAAGUAAUAUUUAGUCAUAGUACAAAGACGUUUUUUUACAGUUUUACAUCAUGAUUUGUUGAGAAUUUGAAUAAAUAAAAUGACAUAACAGUAAAAUCUUUAUACGCACUGAUAAAGUAUGCAACCACGAAAAAUAUAGGCAUAGAUUAACAAAACUUACAAAACCCAGACGAUAAUAUUCUUUUAUGUUGUAUCAGCUGAUAAAGUACCAAACUGAUUGGAAAAGAAUUUUAUUACUUAUUACAAAAAAGGAAUUGUCAUUCCUUUGUAUGUGUGUAUGUAUUUUGAGUAUAUUACAUAUUGUUAAGGCUCUUGAUAGUUUUAAACAAAACGUUUUCAAAACGUCUCACUAUUCACUUCCAUUGGAAAAUUAAAAUAAGGAGUAACUCAUUGUGGUUUCCUUGGUAUGAAAAGAAUUUUUAUGUUAUUUUUAAAGUCAUUGCUUUAAUUUUAUACAAUGAAGCAAUGAAUACAUAUUUGGCCUACUUAUUUUAUACGAGAAACAAUAAUCCUAUAAAAUUAAAUUGAAAAUAUUAAUAAAAUUUAGAAACUGAGAUCUUUGUAUUCAGUCCUAUAAAAUAUUUAAUAAUUCAAGGAGGAAUAUUUUUUUAAAUUAAGAAAAUUCGAAUUAAAGUGACCCUUACAGAAUUAGGUCACUUAUUCGAAUUUAAGUGGCUUUUUUACACAUUCUUCUUACUGAACAUAUUUCGGUAAUAUUUACUUUGUAAACAGGAAUGUAAGAAAAAAAUGAAAUCAUUACUGCAUCUGUUGAUUAAUUGCUAUUCAUUGAAAGGAUUCCAAAACCAAUUCUUUAUCAUCUAUUUGUAUAAAUAAUCAUCCGUGACUUUUAUUUCAGUUUUUUCAAGUUUCAUUUCUUGUUAGAUUUUAAUUUUACAACGUUUGAGAUGGUCCAGAUAGUAAUAUUUCCAUGAAUAAAAUUAAUAAACAUUCUAUUUUUUGUAUGGUACAGAGCAAAGCAGAACAUUUUCUAUAUUGUCUUUUUUAAUAAAUCAAAGAAGUUUUCAUUAAUUUAUCAAAUUUGAUUUUCACUUGAGUACGUAUUAGAAAAUGUUAUGCGACUAAAUAGAUAUGAAAUAGAAUAUUUAAUAAAACUGGAAGUAUUAUUCUAAGCUGGAAUCUCAAUCGAAUCAUAUGUUUGAAUAUUUGUUCUCUUUAUUUCUAAAUUUUAUGUUUUUCUCACCAUCAUAAUUUUUUUGUAAU